CUUUCCCAACAACACAAAGUCUCUCUUGCUCUCUAUCUCUCUCUGAUAAAAUCUUAAACCCACCUCUAGAUCAUCGUCUUCAUCAAUUACCCACAAAAAAAAAAACACAAUGAUCUCUUCAAUCAAACCAGCUUCAUCGUCCAUCUCCAUCGCCAUCUCCGGAGGCCUAAGGCGGUCAAUUCCUACAAAGCUCAAGUUUUCUCCUUUACCCAUCAUCAAAAACUGCCAUAACCAAAGCUUUAACUCCAAUGUCCUCUCCCAUCAAAAGCCUCUACACAUUUCAUCUGCUUCGAAUUUCAAGCGUGGUGAGGUCAAAGUCGAAGCUUACGAGGCCGAUCGAUCUCGUCCACUCGACAUUAACAUCGAGCUUCCCGACGAACAAUCGGCGCAGAAACUGAAAAUCGGAAUCUAUUUCGCGACUUGGUGGGCACUUAACGUUGUUUUCAAUAUCUACAACAAGAAAGUCCUCAAUGCUUUUCCUUACCCGUGGCUUACUUCGACGUUGUCUCUCGCUUGUGGUUCUCUGAUGAUGCUUGUCUCUUGGGCUACUAGAAUCGCAGAUGCUCCUAAAACUGAUCUCGAUUUCUGGAAAAGUCUCUUCCCGGUCGCUUUAGCACACACGAUAGGACACGUUGCAGCAACAGUGAGUAUGUCAAAAGUAGCAGUUUCCUUCACACACAUCAUCAAAAGUGGUGAACCAGCGUUCAGUGUCUUGGUCUCAAGAUUCUUCAUGGGAGAGACUUUCCCUCUUCCCGUCUAUCUCUCUCUCUUACCAAUCAUCGGAGGCUGCGCUCUUGCCGCCAUCACAGAGCUUAACUUCAACAUCACUGGGUUUAUGGGGGCAAUGAUAUCGAAUUUGGCAUUUGUGUUUCGGAAUAUCUUUUCGAAGAAAGGGAUGAAAGGGAAAUCAGUGAGCGGGAUGAACUACUACGCUUGCUUAUCGAUGAUGUCUCUAGUGAUCCUCACUCCAUUUGCUAUUGCUGUCGAAGGUCCUCAAAUGUGGGCUGCUGGUUGGCAAAAUGCGGUUUCUCAAGUCGGACCAAACUUCGUCUGGUGGGUAGUGGCACAAAGUGUGUUUUACCAUUUGUACAAUCAGGUCUCAUACAUGUCAUUAGACCAGAUUUCGCCGUUGACUUUCAGUAUCGGUAAUACCAUGAAGCGGAUUUCCGUCAUUGUUGCAUCGAUCAUCAUUUUUCAUACCCCGAUUCAACCAGUUAAUGCACUCGGUGCUGCCAUUGCGAUUCUUGGAACAUUCCUCUACUCACAGGCGAAGCAGUGAGGAUGGUUUAAGAGGCAGUUUUUUGGGUUGAUUUUGAAACAAAAAAAAACUAACAAGAGAGUAGUAGCUGGAGAGGAGAGAACAUUCCGGUGAGAUCAACAUCGGAAAGUGUUUUUUCCCGGUCAAUGGAUAUGAAGAAACUGGAGCUUGAAGU